CAAGCCAACAGCAUUUGCAUAAAUUACAGCCUUUCGGACACUCAUUUGUUUGUGCACACUGUUUACUUUAUUUCAGAGGAACUAUCACCCAUGCUGACGUUUGCGCAGCAGCUGCUGUCAGUGUUCUGAGUUUGAGGGCUACAUAUUCAGGUCUUUGAAACACAAUGGAGAAUUCAGACCAGGAAAAGUUGUUUCAUCAGUCCUCGGAGGAGCUUCCAAAUGAGGUGUCAGACACAGGCGAGACGCCAGAGCCAGAACAGGAGCAGCAGGAUGAGUCUGAGCCUGAUCCCCAGCCUGAAUCCAACCAGGAGACAUCAGAGACAAGAAGUGGCCCUCCACCAUUGGCUGCCAUAGAGUUCCGCAUACAGCAGCUUCAGAACCGGCGAUUCUUCCUGCAGAAGAUGCAAAACUUCACCAAGAAGUCAAACCGAAAGAGCGACCACAAUCCAGAGCAAACAAACAGCGAGGACGAUGACGGCAGUGAAGACGAGCUGGAGAUCGUUCAGAAAGAGCUGGAUGAGCUGCUGGUUAAAAAGGAGGAGUUGGAGAAAGAGUGCGAGAGCUCCACACCCACAGAAAAUGGAGGUCACCAUGCAGGCCACACUUUUUAUAAAAAUGAGACACCCUACGGAGGGAUCUACACGCUACCACCUGCACAGGUGCCCGAGGAGGACGUUCCCCAGGAGCAGAACGUAGAAACCGAAGAACCCGUAGAAAUCGUAGAAAGUGAACCUGCAGUAGAAACACUAAGAGAUCUAAUUGUUCCAGUCAACAGUCUGACUAAAGAAGCGGCACUCACCCGGUGUCCAUCCUGUGAACAGAUCAUGAUCACACAAACCCAAAAGAGAGUGGGCGAGACAGCAUGGCUGGCAUGCUGCAUGUGCUCCAUGAUAGGGUGUGUUGCCGGCUGCUGUUUAAUCCCUUUCUACAUGAACCGCUUUAAGGACAUUCGUCACCAAUGUUCACACUGUCAGUCCACGGUACACACCUUCCAUCCAUUCUGACAAGGGGAUUUCCGGAGUGACGACAAUGCGAUCCUCACUUUCUGUACUCGAGAGACCAUUUCCCUGUACACUUGGAGCUGCUUGU